AUGGUAUGGUACUCAUCACAACCAAAGCCCGAAGAUUUCACACACCAUUUUUUUCCCAUGCUUUGUAUCUUCUUUUUCAGCUGCUAUUAG